CCCCUUUUAUCACGCAGAGCUGUCCCUUUGCUUAUGUUUAUGUUUUCUAAUAUUAUACCAAGGAAUGCUGCAAUGUCAGUACCUUGGUAAUGAUGACAGCAGGAGCUUUACAGUGGCGGCUGAUGCUCCUGGACAAUCCCGUAUGUCAUCAAGCAGAGCGGAGAGAGUAAUUGCAAACGUUUCACAGGAUGUCAACGCCAGCAUAACAUGUGUCGCAAGUGACACAUGGCGUGGGAAAGCAUUGUUCUCCUUCGAGAUCGUAUGCCCAGUCGAAUGGCGAAUUCUUCUUCGUGUAUCUCCAACGGACAUCGAUGACGGCAUCGUUGUCGAAGCCUUUGAUAAGAAUGAAAGGGAGCACGGUAUCUCCAGUGACAAUAAUCCAUCCAACUAUCCGAUUUUUCUUCUUUCAAAGAGAAAAAAGUUGGAAAUCAAAGCGACAUAUUCCGACGAUGAAAUGCUGAACAAGAAAUUUACUCUAAGUGCCUGGACGGCCAAAGUCAUUGGUAACCGAAACCUCUUUCAUUUAUUUGAUUAUAUUCCUCCACCUUUUUAA